AUGGUGAAUGUUUUGGAUUCUCACAGAGUCGUUCACAAGUGCCGUGCAGUCUUGGACAGUGGUGCUCAGCAGAGCAUGAUGACAGAGAAUCUUCGGGAGAGACUGCAGCUGAGACGUUCUCCAGACAAUACUUUGAUCAUCGGAUGUAACAACAGCUACUCCAAAGUCAAAGGUAGAUCACAAUUGCUCGUUCUGUCAUCCAAUCUGGAUGACUCUUAUGAAUUUAACUGUUUGGUUGUUCCACAAGUUACAGGGAAGUUGCCUAAUUUCCUAGUCAAUCCUCUCUCAGUUCAAAUUCCUUCCCAAAUCACUCUUUCCGAUCCCAAUUGGUGCGUGGAAUCUCCUGUCGAUUUGCUAAUCGGCAUGGAUCAUUACAAUGAUGUCGUUCUUGACGGAGUCAUUCGUCAGGGGUCUGACCAGCCAGUCCUGAGGCAAACAGUCUUUGGAUGGGUACUCUCAGGAGCGCUCAAGGAUGCCUCCACUGCUCCACCGCCACAUUCUCAAUGCAAUAUGGUCACUCUUGCUUCUCUAGAAAAGACAGUGAAGCGCUUUUGGGAAAUUGAGGAAGUCGAAUGUGCCAAAUCUACUUCUGUCGAGAAUGUGGAAGUUGAAGAACACUUUGCAGCCACAUUUUCCAGGGAAGAUUCCGGACGAUUUAUCGUUCAACUCCCACUCCGGCCAAAUCACACAGAAUUGGGCAAUUCUAAGAAGAGAGCCAUUCGACAACUGAGGUCUUUGGAAGAUCGGCUCAAGAAACUCCCAGACAUGAGAGCUCUUUACAAUGAGUCGAUGGACAACUACCUAACCAAAGGAUACAUGACAGAAAUUCCAAGAAGGGAUGAUGAUUCAAACCACUUCUAUCUACCACAUCAUGGAGUAUGGAAGCCUUCCUCAUCAUCUACCAAAUUGCGCGUGGUUUUCAACGCCAGUGCAAAAACAUCUAGUGGCUUGAGUUUGAAUGACGUUCUAAAAGUUGGGCCCACAGUCCAACCAGAUCUUGUCACUGUUCUCAUGCGUUUUAGGCUUAAUCCCUAUGCCAUGAAGUGUGACGUCUCUCAGAUGUAUCUUCAAGUCAAACUCCAUGAGCCACACGCAGACUUUCAAAGGAUUCUGUGGAGAAAUUCCGACACAGAGCCCAUCCGGGAGUACAAAAUAAAUCGUGUGUGUUUUGGCGUUGCUUCCAGCCCCUACCUCGCGACAAAAGUACUCAAUCAACUGGCAGAAAUGGAGAAACAAGACUUCCCUCUAGGAUCUCAGGCGGUGACAAGCAAUUUCUACGUGGAUGAUGGCCUGAUUUCCUGCUCUUCUCUAGACACUGCCCUUCAAACACAAUCUCAAUUGGGUGAAUUGAUGGCUCAUGGUGGAUUCACUUUGGCAAAAUGGUGUGCAACACAUCCGGAAUUGCUAGAAAAUGUCACCAAGUCAUCACAGGAUCCUAAACUUCUCCAUUUACCUGACGAUGACAAUUCAGUGGAAGUAUUGGGUAUUAAAUGGGAUCCACAGAAGGAUGUCUUUCACUACUCAGUGCCCCCAGACUUUGCCUCUCCAAUUGCCACCAGACGAACAAUAGCUUCAACAAUUGCCCGUCUCUAUGAUCCUCUUGGGCUCAUAGGCCCUGUCAUUACCGAAGGCAAAAUUCUCAUACAAAUGUCAUGGCAAAAGGAACUAGCAGCUGGAUGGGACACCGAACUUCCCCCUCAAAUCCAGGACAAAUGGACGAAGUACGUACAAGGUCUUCAUCGAAUCAACGACAUUCAGAUACCAAGAUGGGUGUCAGAGAUUCAUGAUCCAGAUCUCACAGAACUUCAUGGGUUUGCAGACAGCAGUCAAGCAGCAUAUGGUGCAGCUGUUUAUGUCGUGACAAGGGGCAAAGAUUCUUCAAUCUCAUCCCACCUUCUCAUAUCCAAGUCACGCAUUGCUCCCAUGGACCCUCUUACAAUUCCAAAACUGGAAUUAUGCGCUGCUGAACUCUGUGCUAAGCUGGUCGCUCGAGUACAGAGGGAUCUCAACAUUUCAAAGGCUCAUUUGUGGAGUGACUCUACAGUUGCUCUCUCAUGGAUUUGUUCUACCAGAGAGAAGCCUAACCUCUUUGUCAGGAAACGAGUUCAGAGUGUUUUAAAGCUAUCGGAUGCUUCACAGUGGAGACACGUGGGUACUUCGGACAAUCCAGCGGAUCUCAUCUCCCGAGGAUGUUCACCAGAGGCACUCAUCAAUUCAACUUUGUGGUUCCACGGCCCAUCUUGGCUUUCCCUUGAUCCGAGCAAUUAUCCUAAUACUCUGUCCGCCUCCCUUCCCCUUCCCUCUGAAAAUGAACAAACCAUUUCAGUUAAUUUCAGCGCUCAUCAAGAAGACACACUACUUUCGAGACUUCUCGAUCGAUGCUCUCGAGUUUCUCGACUUCAAGGAAUUGUUGCCCAGUGCAUUCGGGCCACAACUCCAUCUACAAGACGCUCAAAGGGUCCACUCUCUCCUCAAGAGAUGGACAGUGCUCUCAUGAUCUUGAUCCGGCUGGAUCAGCAAGCUCAUUUUCCUGAAUUGAUUGAGUCGCUGAAAAACGAGUCUCUUAACAACAAACAUGUCAAAAACUUUGCCAAUCUUCAACCUUUCCUGGAUGCCAAAGGUCUUGUGAGAGUUGGAGGUCGCCUAGAGCGUUCUCAAUUCGGCUACGACACAAAACAUCCUAUUUUGUUACCAUAUAGUCGAUUGACGAAACUCUUGGCUCAACGAGAGCAUGUACGUCAAAUGCACUGUGGAUCAGAAAGUCUUCUGGCCUAUCUGCGUCAAAGAUUCUGGCCGAUCAAAGGUCGUAAUCUCACAAGGGGAGUUACCAGAGCUUGCAUACACUGCUUCAGGGUAUUCCCUCAUCUACAGCGACAACUCAUGGGACAACUUCCUGAACAUCGCACAACACUGGAUAGACCCUUCUCUUCAACAUCAGUUGAUUUUGCUGGACCCCUUCAGCUACGCCCAGGAAGACGUGGAGGUGCUAUCACCAAAGUGUGGGUGGCUAUCUUUGUGUGUCAUUCUACUAAAGCGAUUCACAUCGAAUUAGUCAGCAACUUGUCCACUGAGGCUUUUGUGGCCUCAUUCCGCAGAUUUGUCGCUAGACGAUCCACACCAUCUCAUCUUUUCAUGGACAAUGCAACCAAUUUCACUGGCAGCAAGACUGAAUUGGACAAGCUUUUCCAUCAGGAAGUUCAUCAAAACUCUGUCCAGAACAAACUUGUGAGUCUAGGAAUCCAGUUUCAUUUUCAACCACCUGAUGGGCCCCACCACAAUGGACUUGUUGAAGCUGCAGUGAAAUCGGUCAAGACCCAUUUGCACAGAGUUGUGGGAUCGUGCCCUCUGAGCUAUGAGGAACUGCAAACAAUCCUCACUCAAGUGGAGGCCGUCUUAAACAGUCGACCCCUCACACCCAUCUCUACAGAUGCAUCUGAUCCUGCAGUUCUGACUCCAGGCCACUUCCUCACUGGUGGCCCUCUCACAUCUCUACCCGAUCCGAGUCUACAAACACUUUCAAUGAAUCAUCUGUCUCGAUGGCAAUUGUGCCAACGUUUGUACCAGGAUUUUGCGACCAGAUGGCAGAGGGAUUAUAUUCAUCAACUACAAGAACGAAAGAAGUGGAAGAAAUCUGAGCCAAAUGUGCGUGUGGGAGAUCUCGCAUUGCUAUCCAAGGACAACGAGCCCAGCAUCCGCUGGCCAUUAGGAGAAGUCACUCAUGUCCACCCAGGCCCUGACGGACUUGUGAGGGUAGUGGACAUUCGCACAGCUACCGGAACUUAUCGACGUCCUAUCACCAGGCUUGCACUCCUACCAAGGGUGCAAUUUCUCCGGGAGGAUGUUCGCGCCACUGCCUCCUCAUUGAAGGCAGCGACACCAACGGGAAUUUCCGACUGGUAG